AUGGCACCACUAUCCGUCCUCAUUAUAGGCGCUGGUGUAGCUGGUCCUACACUGGCGUCGUUCCUGCUUCUGUCAGACUUACCCGCAGCAGAGAAACCUCGCGUCACCGUCCUCGAGCGCUCCGCAACCCGGCGAGUGCAAGGCCAAAACGUAGAUGUCCGCGGCGCAGGCGUCACAGUCGCACGAAAGCUUGGUCUUGAGACGGCCAUUAGGUCCUCUGUCACUGGCGAGGAAGGUGCUCAAUGGGUGGACAGCAACAACAUCGCCUGGGGCGCCUUUGCCGCAGACAAGACGGGCAAGAUUCAGACUGGCACUAGCGAUAUUGAGAUUCUCAGGGGCCGCUUAGCAGAUCUCUGUUACCGACGCAGUUUGACGAUAAGCAAGGAGGUUCAAGCGCAGGGUGGCCACGGCAUCGAGUACAUCUUCGGCGAGUACGUGCAGUCAAUUGAGCAGGAUAACGAGAAAGUGGAGGUCACGCUCGCGAAGAGCGGCAAGCGAAUGACAUACGACAUCGUGGUCGGCGCGGAUGGCCUGCAAAGUGGGACGCGCAAGUUGCUUUGGGGUGACGAUGAGCAGAAUCUCAACCGGCUGGGCAUGUAUGCAGGCUUCUUCAGUAUACCCAAAGGUGACAAGGACACGCAAUGGCGACGAUGGUUCCACGCUUCGCGGCGGCGAGGCAUCAUGCUCCGGCCGAGUGACACACCGGACAAGACGACCGUGUUCAUGUACGCCAUCAAUUUCGAGGACGACAGACUGCGCAGCGCAGCGGCAGAUGGGAGGAAGGGCGCUGAGGUACAGAAAGCGCUGUUGGCGGAGUACUUCCAAGACGCGGGCUGGGAGUGUCCCAGGAUCAUCAAGGAGAUGUACGCCACCGAUGACUUCUACUACGACAUGGUCGCUCAAGUGAAGUUGGACGAGUGGAGUAAAGGUCGGGUGGUAUUACUUGCGGACGCCGGGUACUGCGCCUCUCCAAUCUCCGGCAUGGGCACCACCCUCGCCUUCACCGGCGCUCAUAACCUCGCAGGCGCAAUACUGAAAAACCCAACCAACCUGUCAGCUGCUUUCGGCGAGUACGAAGCCGAAAUGCGUCCCACCGUUGCCAAAGCACAGAUGUUACCACUCGGCGGCCGCGGACUUUACUGGUCCAAUCCAGAGACGGGGUGGGGCGUAGCAAUGAUGCAUGCCAUCAUUGGCUUCAUAUGCUACUCGGGCCUUGCGCGUGUGUUGAUGAUGCUUGGGAUCGGGCCGCCGGCGGGAGAUGUGCCGGUGAAGGAGUGGGGAUUUAGGCAGUUGCCGGAGUGGAAGGACUUCUAG